AAGGGAAGAAAAAAAUAAAGGAAAAAAAAGAGGGAGAACAAACAAACCACCAAACCUCUUGCCCAAUUUACCCCUUUCUUGAUUGUUCAUUUCUUAUUAUUCUUUCUUUAUCUUCUUCACUUUUUAAAGAAAGAAGAAACGAAAUUUGUGCGCUAGUAGGCUUUGUUUGUUAUUUUGGGUCUCCCCCCUGGACCCCACUUGAGGAAAGAAAGUUUGAAAUGCCAAUUAGCUUAGAAUAUAAUAAUACUUUAAAUAUUCAAGAAUGGAAUGCAAGUUGAGUUUGUGCUUUCAAUCACUUUUUUUUGAAGGCACAUCUUAAAGGACAAAUCUUUUCAGGUGAUGAUGUUUCAGAGCUAUGGGUGUUCUGGUAGUUUUACUUUGGUACCAUUUUUGUGAAAAAAGUUACUGUGAUGUUAUAUAUUGCUGUCUGUGAAGGACAGCUGCAAUGCAAGUUCCUACCUUUACUUUGGAGUGACCACUUACACAUUGAUUUUCUGCUUGAUUUGAGUCUAAUGCAUAUUCAUAUGUGUGAGGUAAAGAUUGUGUUCCUUCUGGGAUGAGUUUGGUGGCCUAACAAAAGAGUUAAUCUUUUGAUAACUGUUCACAUUGAUCAUCACUCUACUUAUAGGGAAAAGAUUGAAAUUUGUUGUGUGCAUAAGUUAGAGAUGGAAACUUAUUAUUCAUCAUCAGGCUUGACAACCAACCAAAGAGAUGCAGCUCUGCCACUGUUGCCAGAUCAAAAACACACACUCCAAUCUUCACCUCUUCCACCCAUGAUGUUUAUGAACAACCAUCAUCUUUCGUACCCGGAUUUAUCUCAAAGUUCCUUGCCGAAUCACGACUCUGAUCUUCUGAAUGUCGUCGCGCCAGAUUUUGAUAUUGAACAAAAUCUGCAGUACAAAAAGGGGCAACUGUCCCUCAGCUUGGCCAUGCAAGUUCCAUCAUAUUGCGAUGACGAGUACCGGAACACCCCUGCUGGUCUCUCUUCUUUCUUGACUCCCCACACUAUGCAUUCGGAUCAGGCCUCCUCACACUUCAAUGGGAACAAGAAUGUUGAGUAUUUCUCAUUUGAUUUGGCUGGUGGAGCUCACACCUGUGUUAAAUCUGGAGACAUUGAGAGCUCCUCCAUGGGCCUGAGAGAGAUGGGUUUUAGCAAUGCACAUAUACAUGGAGGAAUUCACAUUUAUGAGUCAAAAUAUCUGAAGGCUGCACAGGAUUUACUCGACGAAGUUGUCAAUGUUCAAUCAUCUAACAAGAAUUUGGACCCCCUCAGUCUUUUCUGUUCAUCUGUACAAAUCGAAGAACCUGAUGAUUUCGUGAAGUCCUCCAGCUGUUCAACUGACAUUUCAUCUGUUGAAAGAUGUGAUCUGGAGAGCAAGAUGACUAAACUCUUUUCUUUAUUGGAUAAGGUGGAUGUAUCAUACAAGCAAUAUCAUGAGCACAUGCAACUUUUAGUAUCAUCGUUUGAGGUGGUCGCCGGGGCAGGUGCUGCUAGACCAUACACAUCGCUGGCCCUCAAAACCAUUUCCCACCAAUUCCGCUGCAUUUGUGAUGCCAUAAAGAAGCAGAUUAAGGCCACCCAAGAAAGCUUAGGGGAGGGAAAAGGAAGCGGCGAUAACAAUAAUAAUAUCCAACAAGGAGAAAGGUUAUAUCGGUUGCGUCAAGUGGAUCAGAAGCUGAGGCAACAGAGAUUACUUCAGCAGUUUGGGGUGAUGAGACAGCCUUGGAGACCUCUUAGAGGCUUGCCUGAGAAUGCCGUUUCUAUCCUUCGCGCUUGGCUCUUUGAACAUUUCCUCCAUCCAUACCCAAAAGAGACCGAAAAAAUCACGCUUGCGAGACAAACGGGUUUAACAAGAAGUCAGGUGGCGAACUGGUUCAUAAAUGCACGCGUGCGUCUUUGGAAGCCCAUGAUUGAGGAGAUGUACAAGGAGGAGGUUGCCGAUGCCGAAGCGGGCUCCACCACUUCACCAGAACAUAUAUCAGCUGGCAAUUAAGGUGGUACAAAGAUGAACUUGAUUCUUGUUUUUUCCAUCAUGAUAUUAUUGACCCUUCAGCUGAGCUGGUGAUGGAAGAGGCAUUGUUGCAGCUUAUUAUUGACUUGUACUAACAGACUUAAUUUCUUUGCAUAAGGGGUAGCUUAGUUUAUAAGUGAAACACUACUGUGGCAUAUUCUGUUUGACUGUUUGGCAAUGAAAGAUUUGAUUUUUUCUGCAGAAAAGAUUGAACCUUUUUUUCUAAAUUUCUUUCUACAAAUAUGGCACACAUAUUUUUCUGCAGUGGGUGCAAUU